AUGAACCCCGCAAGAGCCAAGUUAUCGCACCGUAUCAUCGUCAAGGAAUAUUCCAACGAUGAUGAGAUCAUAAUCAAUACACAAUCGUCCACCCACUGGGAUGGCCCUCGUCACUAUCCCUACCGAGAAGGAAGGCGAUUCUACAACGGCUGUACACAGAGCGAUGUUGCCGGUCCUCAUAAGAACAAUCGUCUUGGAAUACAAAAUCUAGCCGAAUGUCCCCUCGCAUCCAGGGGCGUGCUCUUGGACUGGGCAGACUACGCAGCAUCCAAAAACAAGACGUAUGAUGCCUUCGACUCGUUUGAAAUUCCGUACACGGAGCUGCAAGAGAUUGCCGACAUGCGGGGCAUCAAAUUCCAGCAAGGAGACAUUCUAUUUGUGCGGAGCGGCUACGGGCUACAGUAUAACGCGUUGGACGAGCCAGCCAAGGACAUGCUGGGUCUUCGAGAAGGCAGUGACCGCAAAUACAUGGGAGUCGCAGGCAGCGUUGAGUCGGCUCGAUGGCACUGGCAAGCAGGGUUCGCUGCUGUGGCGGGUGAUUCAAAUACGUACGAAUCGUGGCCAGCGGUGAUAGAAGGGGAUAGGAUUCGGCUGCAUGAAGUAUUUCUUAACGGCUGGGGGAUGCCAAUUGGCGAGCAGUUUGAUCUAGAGAAGCUGUCCAGGAGAUGCAACAAGCUUGGGCGUUGGACAUUCUUUGUCACCAGCCAACCGCCUGAAUCUGCCCGACGGAAUUGCUAA